AUGCUUCGCUUCAUUCAGGCCAGUUCACACAGCACGACCCCUGCUACACCUUCGGUAGCGCACCACAGGCCAUUUGUUCAUUUCAGAGAACACAUUUAUUCCACGGCGCAUCUUCUCACGUAUAUUGUCGUUGAGAUUACUGCUACCGUUCGCUUGCCCACUCGGCUAUCGUUCUUCAACGCCUUCCAUCAACCGUCCUCCGCAGUGCGCGUCUAG